AUGUCUUUGGCUCCAAACGGAUCCCUUAAUGAUUUCAUCGACAAAACCACAGAUCCUUUGGACGAAAAUGAGACCAGAAAAUGGGCGCAAGAGUUGAUGAGCGGGUUGUGUUACCUUCACGUCAAUGUCAAAGACAAANNNCAAACAAUCGUUGCACUGCUUGAAGACAAAUGGGUUGACUGUAAACUGACUGUUGCUGGCAAUGGAAACACUGAAGAUAGAGAUCAUAAAACUACAAAAGUUAUCAAAGAAAGUACUGAUAAUAAGACAAAUGAAACAAAAGUUGAGAUCAAAUCUAUACCUGAGAGUGAGUCCAAAAACAGCGAUAAAAUUAGUGAUAAAGUUAAGCCCAAAGAUGAAUCAAAAAAUGUGGAUAAAAAGGAGGCGACAGAGGAUGACAGUGACGAUCAGGAUGUGGAGGGUGUGAGCGAUGAUGAAAGCGACGAAGACAUCGGAGCAAAGAAAGAGAGUAAAGAAGAAGUGAAAAGUAAAUCCAAUUCAAAUGAACCGCAAAUGAAACCAAAGGCUGAGAAUAAAGUUGACAAACAAGACAUUAAAAGUGAUGACAAAAAGGUUUCGAAGAGCAAAAAGAGUGCCCAAAAAUCAAAGACCAAAAACAAGAAAAUGAAUAAAAAUUCAAAAACAAAAUCAGAUGAAGAGAGAGUCAUCUCAGAUGUUAAGGAAAAGAAGGAUAAAUUGAAGUCAAAAGAUGACAACGAAGACAAAAAUGAAGAGAAGUCAGCGAAGAAUUUGGAUAAAGAAAAAGAAGAAGGAGUUAAAGAAAAGAGCGAUAAAUUGAAAUCAAAUGACGAGAAAGAAGACAAAAAUGGAGAGAAAUCGGCGGAGAAUUUGAAUGAAAAGAAAGAUGACGUUAAGGAAAAGGACGACAAACAAGACGUUGAAAAGAAAAAGAGUGGAAAUGAAUCCAAAAGUGAUCGUAAACUACUUAAGAAUUAG